UUCCACCUUUUAGUCUGCGUUAAGAUUCUCGCUAGAAUGGAUACCUGGUUCUGGUUCAGUCGUCGGAUGUGAACGGUUCGCGAUGUUUCGCGCGUUCGCGCUUCGAGUGCGUGUCGGUUAGGUGGCUAACAUAAAUGCAAUUCUCGGAGGAUGUGAAGAAGUGCAUUGUGCUUGAAUGUGAAUUCUAACGCAAAAAAAAAGAGGAAUUCCAAUAUAAUCAUGUGCCAUGUUCGUGCCGCAAAUAGUUCGUAUAAAUUUUGGUUAUAGUUCGCCGUUUCGUUGUGCGUAGUCUUAGACAAGUAGCUAUAAAAUAACUUACAUGAAAGAAGAAGCAAAUAUGGAUGUCUAUCAGCUGGAUUCUCCUGGCGAUGGACUGGAUUCCAGCCUGGUGAAACUGGACGAGGAUAUAGCGGAGAUGAGCUUUGACGCAGGAUCUGAGUUCAACUUGCACUUCUUUGACACCCCCGAGGAUUCUAACACCCAGAGUGGCAUGAGUGAUCACGAUGAGUCGGUAGAAUCAAGUUCACGAGAAACACCACCGAGUCCUGGAUGUCCGCGGUUGCUUCCCCCACCACCACCGUUGGCGAUUUCCGUGGGUCAGGAUCCCAUUUCCAGUACAAUCAUGCUGUCGAAUUCACCCUCACCGAUGACACUUGUGAAUCCUGCCACUUGUUUGGUGAUUACCUCCUCAGAGAUGGCAAAAGUUUCUUCUAGCAGUUUCGAGCAUCCCAGUGCGCACCAAAGGGGGAAUGGUAACACGAGAGAGCAGCAAUGUGGCGGCGGAGCGGAUGCCAGCUCAACGACCUCCUCCAAGACGUUCGUGGCCUGCAAGGUGUGCGGUGAUAAGGCCUCCGGCUAUCAUUAUGGGGUGACAUCGUGCGAAGGCUGCAAGGGAUUCUUUCGGCGCAGCAUCCAGAAGCAGAUCGAGUACCGCUGCCUGCGCGAUGGCAAAUGCCUGGUGAUACGGCUCAACAGAAACCGUUGUCAGUAUUGUCGCUUCAAGAAGUGUCUCGCUGUCGGGAUGAGCAGGGAUUCUGUUCGUUAUGGACGCGUUCCGAAAAAAUCUCGUGAAGCCGGCAAUUGCACCGAAGAAAUGAACGUUUGCGUGAACUCGACGACACCGACGCAGGUGUCCCAGUUGAGUAGCUGCGGCGGUCAGCAGACGCCAGCUGCCCCAGUGAUUAGUGCCAGCAAUAAUACUAAUAAUAAUAGCAACAACAACAAUAAUACUAGUAGUAGCAACAAUAACAACAAUUCUGUAACGGGGCCCGGAACCGGAGUGAUGGCCCAUUGUGCCGAGAUUAGCACGUCCACAGCGGUUGUCACCACCAUUCUGCCAGAUUCGAUGACCUUCAGUCCGCCGGAACUCUCCAUCUACGAUAUCAUUCACUGCGUUGCGCAAGCGCAUCGAGGCCACGGCACUUAUACCACCGACAAAAUAAAAGAUCUCAAUAGGACAUCGUUGGUCAAUUACAGCGAGAAGAACAAUUUCAUUCUUCAAUCCCUGGAGACGAUUGAAGAGCAACGCGUUUGGUUAUGGCAACAGUACGCCUUACGGAUGACACCAUCGGUACAGCGAGUCGUAGAGUUCGCUAAACGUGUGCCUGGCUUCGCCGAGUUUCUACAGGACGACCAGUUGAUUCUUAUCAAAUUAGGCUUCUUCGAGGUAUGGCUCACCCACGUGUCGAAGGCAGCCAACGAGUCAUCGCUAAUGUUUGAUGACGGAAUAUAUGUGACGCGGCAACAGUUGGAGGUUAUAUACGAUAUCGAGUACGCUAAUAACCUGUUCAACUUUAUCACCGGAAUGAACAACUGCUGCCUGAGUGAUACCGAAAUCGGGCUGUACUCGGCGUUGAUUCUGCUGUCCGAUCGUCCCGGGCUUACGGAAACGAAAGUAAUUUUAAAAACGCGAGAAUGUAUCGCGGAGGCUUUGCGGGUGCAAAUAACCAGAACCCGUUCGAACGCGGUCAACGCCCUGCAGAUCAUGCCAGCGCUAGAGGCUAAAAUCCACGAGCUGCGUACGCUCGGGGAGAAACAUUUCACGCAUCUGGAGUGGUUUCGACAGAACUGGAGAUCCAUCCGGCUGCCACCGCUAUUUGCAGAAAUUUUUGACAUUCCUAAAUGUGAGGAGGAUUUGCAAUAAGAGCUACCGGAUAAGCGUUUUUAUCUUGUAACUAAACUAAUAAAAAAAAAGUUAUCGAAAAAAGACUUGCCAAAUCUAUAUCAAUGUGAACGUUAUUGUAGCCAAUUUAAAUGAAUGUUAGUCGAAUAGGAACUUUCUUUUAGAAGCUUCCCUUCUACUAUCGUUUUAAUCUUUCUGACUGUAGUAGAUUAUAGAACGUAUCAAACGUUAUAGCUAGCGAAUGGAAACCGCACUGUCAUAAGCGAAAGCAAAUAUCAGAAUCGUGUACUACUUACAUAUCAAUGAUAUCGAUGUGAAUUUAAUACUAGCAGAAUUUAACCACAAAUGAGUUUCCGAGGUUAAAAAAAACACACAUGACAAGUGGUGCUUGCAUAGGACAAAUAUCGGAAUAAAAUUAUACACUGUAACCAUAAAUGUCGUUUUAGGUAAUUAGAGAAAAAAUGCAUUUUCAAUCCUGCGCUGAACUGAACCACAAGGGUUAUCGAAGACAAAUAACUAUUAGAGAAAAACAACUGUGAAUUCCUUCUUGGUGAAUUGAAACAAUGUGAGAACUAUUGAGCUACUUUUAGAAUUAGUUUACUAGUGUGAAAAAAAAUCAUUCUUUUCUUAGUUCAAAACAAUUAUUGGAGUGUCUGAACACUCACCAAUACACAAACACACAAGCGAUAAGUAAAACAAUUGGUGCUGUAUCUUUAAAUGGUAAUUUUAGGUAAAUUUUUAAACUGAACGGAUGAUAACUUUUAUGACAGCUAGUAUCUUGAUGACGAAAUGAGCCAGUUUAUAUGAGACAGCUGCUGGCUUUAUAAAUUGUUGUUCGUUUAAUCUCUCGAAGAAAGUUCCAUAUGUGCGUCGUAUGUUUUACCUUUUUCUUGUAUCGACAAUCGUAUUAUUCUUUUGCACAACGGUAUUUUAUAAUCGUGAAUAUACGUAUUUUGAUAUAUUGCUUACAUUGAAACAAUGGAAGAUGACCAUUAAACGGAGAAAUAUCUAUUUAUAUAUUGUUAUUUACGUGAAGACAUUUACAUUAAGAUGAGCAAUCGCUAAUAUUAUAAUUUAAUUGUUACUUGGUUGUGUACUUUACAUAGAACAAUUUUGAUUCUUAUAAAUCUCAAUGGGGAAGGAUUGUGAGAAUAGUAUCAACUUAAACUAUUCGCAUGAAACAUUCCAUAGUCUGUUUUUAUUGUUUUCGACCAUGCGUGCUAUGAAUCUCCAUUCCUAAUGUAAGUCUUUUUUUAUCGAAAAUUCGUCCGGUUAUUGAUGAAACAACGUGAAUAAAUUGAAAUUAUGACAAAG